AUGCAGGAAGAGCUUGGUCUUGGAGCUGAGAUGUUGGCGUUCUUCCGAUCCAUCUCGAAUGCGAUCAGUGACUCCUUCACCAAUACAGCGAGCUCGAGCGAUCGAUAUUCGGCGGCAAGCCCACGGCCACGGGAUACUCGGCUUUGGCAUCUGCAACCAGGUCCAGGUCCAGGUCCCGGCCCAGAUACAGGUCCAGCCGAAGCCGAAGCCGAGGAGGGCAUUCCAUUUCAUUCCUGGGUCUUUCUUACAGUAAUCCGAAUUGAUUGUGGAUUCUUUAUUUUCCAGCUCAGUCUCAGCACUCCGCGAUUCAGCUACCGUUCGACACAAAUCGCUGUUCGUCACCCCAGUUUCGCCAUGGCUGAAUUCGUUCGGGCCCAGAUCUUUGGCACGACCUUCGAGAUCACUUCCCGAUAUUCCGACCUGCAACCUGUAGGAAUGGGGGCCUUCGGUCUGGUCUGCUCUGCCAAAGAUCAACUUACCGGCCAUAAUGUCGCGGUUAAGAAGAUCAUGAAGCCCUUCAGCACUCCAGUCUUGUCCAAGAGAACAUACCGGGAGCUGAAGCUGCUGAAGCAUCUCAAGCAUGAGAAUGUGCGAACAUGGCCUGCUCCCGCUGCUAUUCCGCUGCUAAUGCCAUCCCAGGUCAUCUCCCUCAGCGAUAUCUUCAUCUCGCCCCUCGAGGACAUCUACUUCGUCACCGAGCUCUUAGGCACCGAUUUGCAUCGGCUGCUCACCUCCCGACCGCUCGAGAAGCAGUUUAUACAAUAUUUCCUCUACCAGAUCUUGCGCGGUCUCAAGUAUGUCCACUCGGCAGGUGUCGUCCACCGCGAUCUCAAGCCCAGCAACAUCCUCGUCAACGAGAAUUGUGACCUCAAGAUCUGCGACUUCGGCCUGGCCCGUAUCCAAGACCCCCAGAUGACCGGCUACGUCUCCACGCGAUACUACAGAGCGCCAGAGAUCAUGCUCACAUGGCAAAAGUAUGAUGUCGAGGUUGAUAUCUGGAGCGCCGGGUGUAUCUUCGCAGAGAUGCUGGAGGGCAAGCCGCUGUUCCCCGGAAAGGAUCACGUCAACCAGUUCUCGAUCAUCACUGAGCUGUUGGGAACACCCCCGGAUGAUGUUAUUCACACCAUUGCGAGUGAGAACACCCUGAGAUUCGUUCAGUCGCUCCCAAAGCGUGAGAGACAACCAUUGAAGGACAAGUUCAGAAAUGCGGAUCCCCUAGCAAUCGACCUCCUCGAGGAAAUGCUCGUCUUCGACCCCCGGAAGCGAGUCAAGGCAUCGGAAGCCCUCGCCCACGAGUACCUGGCUCCCUACCAUGACCCCACGGAUGAGCCUGUCGCCGAUGAUAAGUUUGACUGGUCGUUCAAUGAUGCUGAUCUCCCGGUGGACACGUGGAAAAUCAUGAUGUACUCCGAGAUUCUCGAAUACCAUAAUGUCGAGAACGGUGGCGACGGACAGACUUUCGAGCACAUGCACGGAGGAAAGUAG